AUGGACACAUCGGAUAUUUUUGGAGAGGACGUUAAGGACUCUUCCCAUUUACAAAUUUUGUCCUCUGAUGAGGAGGAUGUGUUAUUUCAGAGCCCAGCGAAAACAUUAAACGGCGUAGAGCUUCAAGGGUCUGGCAAAAAUUUGACUUCUUUUAAGGAAAUGAGUCCUGUUAAGUCAUCACACUGUUUUAGCACACCAAAAAGAACCAACAGAAGCCUAAAACAGUCAGGAAGCUCACACAACAGCGAGAAGCUGGACAGACAGUUCAGACUUGAUAGUACACAUUGCAACCAUUCAGACACACAAAACAUAAUAGAUGAGAUUAACAAGAUAUUUGAAACACAAAAAGUGCCAGAAACGAGUGAUGAGUUGGUUAAAGGGGGAAAAGACUCAGGAAAAAAACAGGGGAGCAACACCGCACAUGUGAACAACGUAGAUACAGUUGAUGAAAACGGUAAACCUACUGAAAGUAACGGAAACCUAUUAGAAAAGGGGAAAAGGAUUAUCAAAAGGUUGAAAAAUGCGUUUGUAAAGCAAGACGGACCAAACGAUAAGCCAGGAUUGACCAGGUCAAUUUCGUUCAACGCCCUGGUAAAGAUAGCCUCUAAAUGGUCAAACACAGAAAAGGCAGCCACUGGGGAAGAUACGAACACCAAUAACGAUAAUCUUGGGUAUGAAACGUGUGACGAGUUUCCACCAAAACGACGCAAGCUAAGGAAGUCAGUAGGUACUAAGGCGAAUGCACAUAGCGUUUAUGAAGAUAUUAAUAGCGAUUCAUAUUUAUCUGCAGUGGAGGAAGAUGAGGAGUAUGACCCCAAUGAGCCCCUGAAUACACCGACAAAGAGAACCCGUAGGAAUACCCCAAGAAGUGUCAACAGCGCCAGGGCAACAAAUGCAAAUAAAAGCAAGAAGGCUGUUAAAAGAGCAACAGUUGUGCCUGUGGAGCCAUUAGAAAACUAUGAACUAAACGAGCGCACCAGUUCAAUACCAUUCGAGACAUUUCUGGAAGAAACCAUAGGGGAAGAUGGCAACCAAGAGCGCAUGUUCUGCCUCAAAUUCACAGUUGUAAACGGAAACAAGCAGGUAAUCAACGACGAAAAACUGGACAACGUUUUCAUAAGGACCACGGAAACAUUAGGAAGCAUUGCCAAGAAGCUGGGAGAGAUGUACAAAUUGGAUCCGGAAGAGCACGAGAGAAUUAAGAUAAUAAUAGACGGAGAUCCGCAGGACCACAGGCUCCAGAUAGGCGACCCACAGCUGUGUGUUGAGGAUAAGAUGCAAAUCGACGUGAGGUUCCCACCAAAGGAAGACGAGUCGGAGAAAAAAACACCGAAGCAGCCAACAAGGGGACGAAAAAGAAACGUGAAUGGAAAUAAACCCAAUGCAAAGCCAACAAAGAAAUGUGUGAGUACCGUAAGGAGAAAAGGCAGGAGGAGGCCCCAGUCAGGCAGAGAAGCAGGUCCCAAUCGGAAAAUCCCGUCAGUAGUUGAGGAAGUUGUUAUAAUAGAUUGA